AUGCACAAGCUGGAUGCUUUGAGAUCUGAAAAAAUAACUAUCAUCUCGGCUUUGAAGGAAAAACUUAAAAAUGCCAGGCAAAUACAAAAACCACCUGUAACACCAGUACGCAGUCACAAAAAACGAGUUAUGUUACAUUCGCCAACACCAAGAAAAACAAAAAAAGCGUUGUUUAAGACCCCUACUAAGACACGCACGACACCUGACAUGACUUCCAUAAGUACUAGUGAUACUCCCAAGCAAAUGGUCAUGGUCCAUGCAUCGGGUUCGACGGCAAUAGCAGACAAUAUGCCUGAGUCAAGAGUGAAGUUAAAGACAUCAUUUUCUCCAAACAAAGUGAAGGUCAUGUUUAGAACAAAAAAAGACUCAAAGAUAAGAGCAAAAGUGGUUCAGGAUGGAAAGUCAAAGCAAAUUAUCAAAAAUAUAGCAAUGCAUAAUUCAAAGGACAGAACUGCUAAAAUCAUAAUGGAGUCUACAUUGAAGGAAGCUGUUACCAAAAGAGUCUUGAAAGAGAUAAGAAAUGAAAGAACCAAAUUAACAUCGACCCUGAACAUGUCAGUGCUAAGAAGAAAUGAUAGCAAAAGUUUAGGAACAUUCAAAUUUGCAAAUCUUAAUACAGAAAUCAAGAUUUGGGCACCCUUUUUUCAUGAAUGUAUCUCAACGAUUGUGAAAGACUCUGCCAUUGGAACAGCUGUUGUCUCUGCGAUUUCAUUGAAGUUUCAUAAUAAACACAUGACUGCUUUUCAACAUGUUAUCAGCCAAAUUUUGGACCAUAGUGGAGCUACUGAUGAGACCAUUUCUAUUCUCAACAAACUUGGAAUGUGUGUGUCUACAUCUGCAAUGACCAGAACAAAGAAGGAACUGGUGGAGAGACAGUUAGUCCAUACCAAGGCGUUGAUGAUGGAGGAGAAGGAAGAACUUGAAGCUCCCUCAGUUCAUUUAUCAAAGAUUCUACAAGAUAAAGUCAGCGACAGACCAGGGUACUCUAGCAAAUUUGAGAAACAUCAUUGGACGCGUAGAUAUCCAGGGUCCUGAUCAGGUGAUUGAAAAAUACAGGGCACACUACUCCUUUGUAGAAGACACCCUUGAUGCAUAUAUAGUUGCAGCAUGUAUGCAUUUACUUGACAUGGCUGAAAUGGAAUCAGAUCCCACAAGGAAACAAGUACUUUUUGAUGCACUUGGAGAUGAACAGAGAUACCAGUUUAUCCACACUAUUGCCGAAGAAAUACUUGAUAAAUAUAUCAAAUGUGUUGAUG